AUAGUUUGUCAAAUACAUGCUGCACGUGAAGUGAACAUAUUUACCGCGUACUUUGCUUUUUUAAACACAACUAUCCUAGCGAGUUUUCCCUCGCUCUCCGUGUUGUCAGACGCCCGCGUUACUUUUCAUAAGGGUCAGUAUUUUGGUCAUAUUUGUGGUCAGUCAACCUCUAACCGCACAGCAAGGUCGUCCCAUGUCUUGACAGAUCAGGGCUGGCUGAACUCUAUCUGUCUACCAUAGGAUGCACUAUGUGGCGAGUGGCUCCCUGUCUUUGGGGUCCCUGGGCCUGCUCCGUCUGUUUGGGGCAUCCUGGUCCUGGAGCCUGGCAGCAGGUCUGAGUGUUUAUUUGGGGACUGGAGGCUGGCGGUACCUGUAUGUGGUGGUUCGGACGGCUAAAAGGGACAUCAAUGGUCUUUAUGUGCUGCUGAGGGUUAAACUGGCACUAUGGCAUUAUAUGCGCAACCGAAACACCAUACCCUCCAUCUUUGCACAAACUGUGGCUCGGCACCCAGACAAGCCUGCGCUUGUGUAUGAAGCCACUGGGGAGACGUGGACUUUCUCCCAGUUAGAUCAAAUCUCCAAUGCUGUGGCCCACUGGGCACUGAGCCAAGGCUGGACCUCAGGAGAUGUGGUGGCGCUGUUCAUGGAGAGCAGACCCCUUCAGGUGGCACUCUGGCUGGGCCUGGCCAAAGUCGGUGUGGAAGCUGCACUCAUUAACUUCAACCUGCGAAGGGAUUCGCUCCUGCACUGCGUGGGUGUUUCAGCUUCCAGGGGAAUUGUUUUUGGAGCAGAGCUUGCUGACGCUGUGUCUGAAGUGAGCCACUCCUUGAGUCAGACCAUGGUGCGGUUCAGCACAGGAGACCUCAAACCAGACCUGAUGGCCACUCUCAAGUGUCAGCCUCUUGACCCCAUCCUGGCAUCUGCCCCUCGACACCCACCAUCCUGCACUGUGUCCAAGGGCUUCAAUGAUCAUUUGUUCUACAUCUACACGUCUGGCACCACAGGACUCCCUAAAGCUGCUAUAGUGGUGCACAGCCGGUAUUACAGGAUUGCUGCUUUCGGCUACCUUUCUUUUCGUAUGCGGCCAGAUGACAUCAUUUAUGACUGUUUACCCCUUUACCACUCAGCAGGUAAUAUAAUGGGGGUGGGCCAGUGUCUGAUUCAUGGUUUAACUGUGGUGGUCAAGAGGAAGUUUUCAGCAAGUCGCUUUUGGGAAGACUGCAUCAAACACAACUGCACUGUUGUUCAGUAUAUAGGAGAGAUCUGCCGGUAUCUGCUUGCUCAACCUGUGCGUCCCUCCGAGCGGCAGCAUCGUGUGCGUUUGGCUGUGGGGAACGGCCUGCGACCCAGUGUGUGGGAGGCCUUCGUCGAGCGCUUCAGAGUCAAGCAGAUCGGCGAAUUUUACGGAGCCACCGAGUGCAACUGCAGCAUCGCCAACAUGGACGGCAAGGUUGGAGCUUGUGGGUUUAACAGUCGCAUCCUGCCAAACGUGUACCCCAUCCGGCUAGUGAAGGUGAACGAGGAGACCAUGGAGCUUGUUCGGGACAAGCAGGGACUGUGUGUGUCUUGCAGACCUGGAGAGCCUGGGCUGUUGGUGGGCAGAAUAAAUCAGCAGGAUCCUCUGCGUCGGUUUGACGGCUACGCGAGUCAAGAAGCCACCAGGAAGAAGAUCGCCUACAAUGUGUUCAGGAAAAACGACUCUGCCUAUCUGUCAGGUGAUGUUUUGGUAAUGGACGAGCUUGGAUACAUGUAUUUCCGAGACCGAAGCGGAGACACGUUUCGUUGGAAAGGAGAGAACGUGUCCACCACUGAAGUAGAGGGAACGCUGAGCGGCCUGUUGAGACAGACUGAUGUGGCAGUGUUUGGAGUAAACGUACCAGGUGUGGAGGGAAAAGCGGGAAUGGCUGCCAUCGCUGACUCGACUGGAAGCUUCAACUGUAAUUCUUUCCUAAAAGAGGUUCAGCAAGCUCUUCCUCCAUAUGCACGGCCAAUAUUUCUACGCAUCUGCCCAUGUGUAGAUACCACAGGAACGUUUAAAAUCCAGAAGACCAGACUGCAAAGGGAAGGAUAUGAUCCACGGCUCACAACUGACCAGAUCUACUUCCUAAACUCCAGAGCAGGGCGUUACGAACUUGUCAACGAGGAGCUGUACAAUGCAUUUGAAGAAGGCAGGAUUUCCCUUUAGACAGAGAAGAGAAGUUAGUUUGAAACUACCUGAUCUUCUCCUAAUCUGUGAACACAUACACACAGUGUUACCACAAUGCAACAGAAACCACACUGAUUUGUUAAGCUAGUAUUUAGACAUUACCAUUGUUUAAAAGAAUAAUAUUGCAUCUGAUGAGAUGUCUUUGAUUCGGUAGCCUACUAGAAAUCAUAAGCUGUCUUAAAAAGGGCAAACCAUUUACCCAAUAUGCAAUAGGCAGUUUGACUGAAUUAUUAUUUUAAUGCAAUAUUUUGAUUUGAUGGCAGCAGAAUACAAUGUGCACUCCCAACAUAAGUAAAACAAAUACCCAAACACUAAAGCCAUUAGGAUGAAAGAUUAAACUCCAUUAGGAUAUAACACUAAAGACACUAAAGAAACCACUACAAAUCAGCUAGUUGAAAGGUUUUGAGCCUGAAAAGAUGAUGAUGAGUGUAUGUUAACAGACGUGAGUUUUUACUAAGUGAACGUUAUUAAAAUGCCUAACUCCAAAGUGAUUUUUAGAAAGCUGAAAGAUACAAAGUGUCUUUGUGAACAGCGAAGUGCCUUAGUUUUUUACUACAUGAGCUUUAUCCAAGUGUGAUAUGGCAAGAUGAAUGUGGCCUGACACUUCAUCCUGAACAAAGAAGUUUUUGGAAAACAAAACCCAGUAAAUUGUAUUAAUAUAGAUCUGAAUGAUUAAAUGAAUAAACAUUUUUAUUCCAAA